AUGAACCCUAACGUCCAGCCUGACCAAAGAGCAUCUGGCAACAUAACAGACAUAGAAGAAGAUAGUAGUGCUGUCCCUCAAGAUAGCAGUGACAAUAGUAAUGCCAUAUGGACCGACACUGAGACACAAGCACUCAUCCAAUUCAUCACCAAAAAUUGUGCAGAGGGGGGCAAUGGCUUGAACUUCAAGCCUCAAUUCUGGCCCAAAGUUGCACUGCAUCUAGCACCUCUUCUUACCAGAGGACCAGCAAAGAGUGCCACUGCUUGCAACUCAGAAUGGGGACGGCUUUGUACAAAGUACAACCUUGUGAAGCCUAUCACCAACCUAUCUGGCACCCCUUGGGACGAUGCACUGGGACUAAACAUACUCAACAAGGGUGAAGUGGUCUGGAAGGAGCUUAUUGCGAAACAUCCGGUAGCAAAGGGCUUUUGGAAGAGAGGAUGGGUCCACUUUACCGCCAUGCAUGCUGCACUGGGCAACGCCCCAGCCAAAGGUUUGAACAUAUUUGGUGUUCCCAAAGUCCCCAAGCAACCUAAGGUUACAAAAGCAUCCAAGCAGCAGCCUCGCACGUCUCAGAGCACUCUUCCUGCCACAGUGCCCCCAACUCCACCUCCUAACACCGCCACCCCCGACAAGAUUCUGUCUCCAGCUCCUCAUGUCUGGGGUCACUAG